CUCCCCACAUUCAAUCAGCCCUUGCCGAAAUCUCUCAGUUGCCGUUCCCGCAGGCAGAUUGGCAAUAUUGACAAGUUGAUCUUCUCUCUCGAGGGUUCAUAUCCAUCUGGGUUGCAGCAAUCAAUUGUGUGUUUGGAAAUUCUACAACAGCCCCUCUCUACUUUCCCUCGGUGUUCUGCGGGUUGUGAGUACCGAGCUUCGCAGCUAUGGCGGCCUUCGCCUCCACCGCAGCUACUACUUUGGCCAUCGCUGCCCCUUCCUCGGUGGCUGCCUCUCAGCUCCGUGUCAAUGGCUCCCUUAAGGUGUCUGCUUUUCAGGGUCAAAAGUUCGCUGCCGCCUGCAAUGGUUCCCGCCUGGUCAUGGCCCAAGCAGGAGCUGCCCCAGACGGCGUCGCCGAUCAGAAGCCCGACGCGAAGGAGGCUCCCAAGGGGUUCACUCCACCAACUCUGAACGCCGACACCCCGGCGCCCAUCUUCGGUGGAAGCACUGGUGGUCUGUUGCGCAAGGCCCAAGUUGAAGAGUUCUACGUCAUUACCUGGGAAUCACCCAAGGAGCAAAUCUUCGAGAUGCCCACCGGUGGCGCAGCCAUCAUGAGGUCGGGACCCAACCUACUGAAGCUGGCCAGGAAGGAGCAGUGUCUCGCACUCGGGGCUAGGCUGCGCACCAAGUUCAAAAUCCAGUACCAAUUCUACCGUGUGUUCCCUAACGGUGAGGUCCAGUAUCUGCACCCCAAGGACGGUGUCUACCCGGAGAAGGUGAAUGCUGGACGAUCCCCCGUCGGGGUGAACAAUAGGAGCAUUGGAAAGAAUGCCAACCCUGCAGAGCUCAAGUUUGCGCAAAAGCAAGCUUACGACUUGUAGACGACGUAGACCCGAUAUUGUAUAGCUGCCUAAUGAAUGUAAUCUAUUUGCAAGUGUAUUCCAACUCGUUCUGCUGAA